AUGACUAAUUAAGAAAAGAAUUAAACUGAUAAUUAAAACGAAUAGAAAUAGCAGCAGAAUAUUAUUUAGGGAUUCUAAGAUUUGAAUGGGAUGAGUAUGAUUCAAUUCGAUAAAAACAAUGAGACAAGCAAUAACAUAAAUUAGUCAUCAGUUAAUAUUAUGACUAAAGAUUAAGAGUAAUUUGAAGACAAUCCGAUUAAGCUUGAUCAAAUUGGGCUUGACAUUGAUUUGAGCAAUAUCAAUUACGAGAAAAAUAAUGAAUCAAUCCUAAUAGUAACUUAAGGAGAAAUAAAAUUUGAGUAAUCUUAGUCAAAAAUCAAAAGAUAAAUGAUUGAUAAUCCUAUCAUAGAAAAUGGCAAUACUUGGUAGAAGGUAAGUUUCACUAAAAGAAGAUCAGCUAACAAUGUAACAAAUAAUGGUGCAGAGAGUAAUAAGGCUAAAGCAACAAAUAACAACAUAAGUUCAAUUCAGAGUAGAAUAAUUUAAAAAUAGCAGAGUAAUCCUACUUAAAUAAUAGACUACGAUGAGAAAAACAUGAGUCAGUUCAAAUCAUCUUAGCUUCAAUAGCAUGACUUAAAGCGUAAAAAAUCUCUUAAAGUAAGAUAACCAGGUGAAAUAUUGCCUGUAUUUGAUUGUCUAUUCUGCUGCUAAGAACAUUUCGUCCUAAACAAGAUAAACGAAAGAACUCUUAUUGUUAAGUAUGCCAAUCAUCCUCUAAGAUAUGAAAUAUAAAGAGAUAAAUUAAUGCUGAACAUGCUUUUAAAGCAAAAGGAAGUCAGUAUCUUAAAUCAUUUAGUGGUUAAAAAUAUAGAACAAGAGUUUUAGCAGAUUGAGAAUAUCCAACAGUAAAUUGAACAACUAGAGGAAAAAAGAAGGCGUAAGGAAUCUAAAAUCUAGAAUGCUGAAACUAGUAAAGGAAUUCUAGCAUCGAUUACUUAAAAUAUUGUAUCUAAGCCGAUAGUGAUAAAACUGGCUCAAGUUACGAAGUAAAUAAAGUAACUAAACGAAAAGAAGUUGGAAUAAAUUGGCAAGGAAGCUAUAAUUAGCACUGCUAUAAAGCACAAAAGUAACGACAUUGAUAAAGAUUAAAGAAAUUUCUUCGGUGGAUUAAGUUGUGCAGAUAAUGAUACAGAGUCCUAGCAUUUUUCAAAGGAUAUUGAAGAAUCUGAGUCAUCAUUAGAAGAAUAUAGUGAAGAAGAGUAAGAGGAAGAAGAAUAUGAUGAUGAAGAUGAUGCUAGUGAAGAGAUUGAAGAGGAAGGCGAAGAUGAUGAGACCUCGAAAAAUGAAGAAGAUUAAGAACAUAUUGACAUUGAAGAGGAAGAUGAAGAACUUAAGGAGAUUGUUUAGGAAUACAAUAGAAAAGAAGAGGAACUAAAGAAGAGCCCAUAACUUAGUAAACAAGUUCACUACGUUUCUAAUGAGGGAAAUAAUGACAGUUAAAACAAUAUUUGUGGCAUUUCAAGCAUUGACCAAUAGAUUGAUGAAGAGGAUUUUGCAGGAAGUGAUGAAGACAAUCCAACUCCACUUACAAAUAACAUAAAUUUUAAUAACCCAACAUCUUUUACAAAUAUAACAGGUGGCGAGCCAAUAUAAAGCUACAAUCUUAAUAUUCAAGAAAAUCCUAUUUCUCGAGAUGAAGAUGACGAAGGCAAUGAAGAUUUCGAUGAUGAGGAAGAUGAAGAUGAGGAUGAGGAUUCUGAGAGAUAUACCUUUGGUGAGACAUCACUAAGUCCUGUUAGGGCUCUAGGAAGUACUUUGAUUGGAUAAGCUUAACUUUCUAAAAUUGAGCUACAAUACUAGCUUUAAAAAGUAAAUGACGAGUACUUUGAAUAGUAGUCUAUUUCCUAGGGUAGUCAUCAAAAGAAUGCCAUGCUGCUUGAUAUUAGUCCUGUUAGUUGUAAUAGAGUUUAAAGAGUACCAAAUUACAUGAUGGAUGGAACAGUGAUUUCAAAAGAUAUUGAUCAGUACAUGAAUAUUCAGUAAAAUGAUCAUGAUAUGGGAUCUAUCAGAGCCAAAAUAGAGUUCUACCCCUCUCAGGAAGUUGAUUCUCUUGAUAUUCAUAUUACUUCUGUCCCCACAUUACAAUAGCAAAGAUCUUUCGAUGAUUCAUCAAACUUUAUUACUUAAUAGCAUUUCCCUUAAAAAAGUUAGGUGCAUUUCGAAGAUGAUUCCGAGGAGUUUUCUAAUAAAUUUCCUUUUCAAAAAUAACUCUAAUACUCUUAUGAAUAAAAAAGCAAUGAAUAUGACACUAAUCCUGUGGAUUAAUCGAAGCUCUAAAGCUAGAUUAAAUUCUAGUGUUAAACUAACACUAACUAAAAUGACUAGAUAGAUAAAAGACUCCAAAUAAUCCAGGAAAAACAGCAACAGAGCAAGUCAUUUACGACUAAUACUUAUAAAACCAAUCAUUAGAAACUAAUCCCUAUGCAGUAAUUCAACAAAUUUCAAGGUUAAACUAACUAAAUAACACCUACAUCUAAUAAAAAUGAUCAAGGAGCUAUCAGAGAUGCUAAUUACCAUCUAUAAUCCUAAUUUUUUACUAAAUAGGAAAAAGAGUAGAUCUAGGAAUUUAUAAAAAACAAAAAAUUUCCUCUCAAAAAAUCAAAAUAGGUAGUUGCUAAUAGCUAAAAUAGUAAAAUUAAUAAUCAUCUUGGCUCAUUUGAUUCUAUCAAGUAGAAAAGAGUGGAUUCUUAAAUUGCAUAGAGAACAGGCUCAUAAAUCGACAACAAUCAAUGCGAUAUAAUUUAAGUUGAAGCCACAAAAUAAUCUAUCUACAAGUAAAAGACUCAAGCUUUAUGCACUCCAAUUGAUACAAACGAUAAUAUUCUACUUUAAUAUGGCAUUAAUGGUGCUUAAUCAAAAACCAAUAAGACUACUGUAAAUCAAAAUACCAGAAGAUAAAACAGCACUAGCAAUGGCAAUAUGUUUUUAGUUUAGAAUCAAAAUGGGACUACAUCAUAAUCCAAUAUACUCUUUGUAGGUGAGAAUAUGCCAAUGACUGGAUAACUAUUAACAAAUAGGAAGCAUAAUGAAUAAUUUUUCAGUAUAAAAGUUCCUGCAUCAGAAAAACCUCAGAAUGGAAAAAAGUAAUUUCAAAGAAUUACAGAAAAAAAUUAUAUGUAGUACUCAGAGCAAAUUGUCAGAAAUCAAUAAUAAAGCCUUUAGGUAAAUAAGAAUUCAAGCAUGAAAACAGUUAAUCCUACAUAAAGUCCAAGUGUUUUGAAGCAAAGCUAAAGAAUUCUAAAUACUAAUGGUUAAAGUAUGAAUGAUGCUAUGUCUCAUAUGAGUGUAAAUUAAUUAAGCAAAAAGGAUAUUGAUCAUUUCUUGAAAUCAGCACUUUGUAGUAGCAGAUACCAAACAACAUCAAAUAAUCAAUCACAUUUCAACAAUCUCUUUAAGCAGUCUAUAGACAUGACAAAUUACGAUAAGAUGAGCAAAAGCAAUGGAAAGAAAAAAAGAAAGUCUAAAGUAUCACUCUCCAAGAAUAAUCAUACUAAUUCAAUCAGUGAUAAUAAAAAAAUAAUCAAAGCAAAGAAGUCUACCAAAAAGAUCAAAUAACCUAAGAACUUUUUAAAUUAGCAAGAGUACUAUCAGUAGAAACAGCAGUAGCAUUAGGAUAUGUAGAACUACGCUAAUAUCUGUAACUCAAUGAAUUUCAGCAAUGAUUACUCAAUUCCAUCUAUCCUAAGCAAUGGAGGGCUACAAUAACCAAUUAAUUAAAAAUCAUCAAGCAUGAAUUCAGGUCAAAUCGAUCAUAAAUCUUCAUAAAAACAGUUGAUGUAUCAAUCAAUUUAAGAUGCUUAGAAUAUGCUUCAUAAUAUUAACUAUUGCAACAAUACAAACAUCUAGGACACCUCCAAUAACUUCCCAUAUAGUGGUUCAUUAUAAGCUGAGAUGAGCACAACCUGUAUAUCAAAUGGCUGCAAUUCAAACUAAAUGAUUUAAAAUGGAAAUACAAAUUAGAUUAAUCUGAGUAAUAUCUAAACCAACUAGUUUAAUCAGCAUUUAAUUUAGCAAAAUAGCAUGAACUAAAGCUCUACCACAAAUAAAAAGGGUUAUAGGAAAUAAUAAUAGCUUUAAUAACUUCAGCAUAUCAAUAACAACAUGCAAAUGAACAAAGAUCAACUGCAAAAGAUGAAUAGUAGCAUAGAGGAGAUGACUCUUUUUAAUUUACUAUCGAGUAUGAAUAUCAAGAAGCAGCCAAAACAGAUUAAGAAUGAUAAUAAAAUAAUCCAUAAAAAUGCAAAGCUUAGUCAAAGAGGCUCAAUAAGUGUUCAAAGAAGCUAAAACUUUAAUGGCUAUAGUUCUAUCGAAAAAUCUAUAGCAAAUAAGAAUACUGAUCCCUCAAUAGAUCCUAAACACUAAACCACAAAUAUAUUGGUUAAUAACAUGAACUAAAUUAUACCAGGUCAUCAUGGUCAAUUCUCUUUCAGUCAAAAUAAUGUAAAGCUCAACUAAACUACCAAUCUUAACAAAACUACUACUGGUGCUCAUAGAAAAAGAAUGAGUAAGGGAGGGAGCGGAACUACGAAUGGUAAUACUUUUAACAAUGUUAAUAUUCAAAUAAAUACAACUUCAAGCAGCUCCACACUUAAGAAUACAUCUGUUUAAGCCUAGAGAAGAGAUAAUGUUUAGAGAACAAGGAGCACAAGCAAAUCAAAUCACAAUAUCAAGACUGACCUCCCAACUCAUCAAUUACUUUUAACCAAUUAAGUGGCAGUAUCAUAAUAGGUCUUACUAAAGAAUAAGUAAAUACUAUUCUAAUCAAACAUCUAACCUCCCUCUUUGAAUCUCACAAAUGGCGGAAUCAAGCUAAGUUAAGCUAAGAAUGUAACUAUGAAAAGGAAAAAGGUCUUAACUACUUCAACUGAUUAGACUAACACUUAUCAUUAAGAUUUAACGUCUUAGUCCAGGCAGAUUCAAAAUAAUUCUAGAAUCAGCAAUAAGACAUCUUAUCCUCAAUAAGAAAAGGGAAAGAUGAAUUAAUUUACUGGGUUAACCAACAAAAACUUCUAAGAAUUGGGGUAAUUAAAUGGAACUAGCAAAAUUCUAAUGAGUACAAUUACCUCCCCUCUAAGACCCUUAGCCACGAAUAAUCCUCUGGGUAUAGGGUAAAGCCUAAACCUGGGACAUGUUAAUAACAUAAGCCUAGGAGGCGUGAAGAAAGAUAUAUACCAUGCAAAUCUUAAAGAAACUUUGGAAAAAUAAAAGUGA